AUGGUUAAUGGUUUAGAAAAUGACGAAGAAAUGUUAAAUAAUUUUUACAAAAUAAGAGAAACACUUUUAGAAUUCAAUAUAACAAAAACAAUAAAAGAUAUUAGGAAAAAAAGAAAAUAUGAAUUGACAAAUAACAAUGAAAUUUUAAGAAAUAAUAAUGAAAAAAAACAAAAACGUAAUGAAGUUAAUGAAUUAAAGAAUUUUGAUAGAGAAAUUUAUCAUAAUAAAUUUAUUAAAUUAUUUCAGGAUUUAUCAUUAGCCAAAUAUCUUAUUGAAUUAAAGGAAUAUAUAGAUUUACAAAAAACUACUCAUGAGUUUUCAACUGGUAAAACAGAACUAUUAAAUUACAACAUUAGUGAAUAUUUAUACAUAAAAUUAAAUAAAGUGUUUAAAUAUUAUUUACGUAAUGUACCUUGCGUAUCUAAUAUAUUAGACAUUUUUAUUCAAGAAUUAUGCGAAAAUUUAAAUUUUAAUCCAAUUUUAUAA